AUGGAGUCGUCAGGGUUACUGGGUACAGAGAAUGUUUGCGUAAAGGUUGAGCCCUGUGAGGUGUGUAUAACAUAUGAGCCCACGUCCGCCGAAGUGUCUGUGAAAAUUGAGCCGCUGGAUGUAAAAGAUGAGUUCACACGCGAAUGUGUAUACAUAAAAGCUGAGCCUUCGUGCUCAGAUGUGAGUGUAAAAGAUGAGUCGCUCGGCGUGAGCGCGGCGGCGGCGCUGUACACCGACCACGCCGUGAAAGACGAGCUCGUGCUCGGCCCCGAGCUAGUGGAGCAGCGCGGCGUGAGCGACGCACCAACAGCUUUCAACAUGGAGAUAGAUCUGAAGCCAUGUGAGAUUGUCACCGAGAGCGCAGACGGAGGCAGCCCAAUACAAGUUCCUGAAGCUGAGUUAGAGGAACUGAGGAACACCAAAGUUGGGAAAGCUAAAAGAAACAAACGAGAGAAAACUCCACAGAAGAGACAAACAGAACGGAAUCUUUACAAAUGUAUGCAGUGUAGUUAUUCUACUAACAAAAACAGUAAUUUACAGGUUCAUGUAAGGAAACACACUGGUGAAAAGCCUUACAAGUGCGAGCAAUGUAGCUACGCUAGUGCAAACAAACGUCAUUUGCGAGUUCAUGUAAUGAAACACACUGGAGUGAAUCUUUAUAAAUGUGACCAGUGUAGUUUUGCUAGUAAUUACAAAAAAAGUUUAUUAAUCCAUGCAAGAAAACACACUGGUGUAAAGCCUUACAAAUGUGGCCAAUGUAGUUACGCUAGUGCACACAAAUGUGGAUUAAAAGUUCAUGUUAUGAAACACACUGGAAAGAAUCUUUACAAAUGUGACCAGUGUAAUUAUGCUAGUGCACACAAAUGUGGAUUAAAAGUUCAUGUAAUGAAACACACUGGAGAGAAUCUUAACAAAUGUGACCAGUGUAGUUAUGCUAGUGCAAACAAAAGUAAUUUUGAAAGUCAUGUAAGAAAGCACACAGGUGAAACGCCUUACAAAUGCGAUCAAUGCAGUUAUGCUAGCGCAUACAAAGGUGCUUUGCAAGAUCAUGUAAGGACACAUAGUAGUGAGAAACCUUACCAAUGUGAGCACUGUAGUUAUUCUAGUAUCAUUAAACAUAGUUUGAAAAAACAUAUUCUAAGGAAACACACCAGUGAAAAGCGUCACAAAUGUGAGCAGUGUAAUUAUGCUAGUAAUUUCAAGUACAAUUUCUUAAUCCAUAUAAGAAAACACACUGGUGAAAAACCUUACAAAUGUGAACACUGUAGUUUUGCUAGUACUGACAAACAUUAUUUAUUAAUCCAUACAAGAAAACACACCGGCGAAGAGCCUUACAAAUGUGACCAGUGUAGUUUUGCUAGUAGUUACAAAAAUCAAUUAUCAAGGCAUAUAAGCAGACACACAGGUGAAAAGCUUCACAAAUGCGGGCAAUGCAGUUAUGCUAGCGCAUACAAAGGUAGUUUGAAACGUCAUUUACUGAAGCAUUCUAGCGAGAAACCUUAUCAGUGUGAACAAUGUAGUUAUGCUAGUGCAUACAAGAGUGCUCUGAAAGUUCAUGUAAGGAGACAUACCCAACCAUAAGAA